AGAGUGCAGCGCAUGUUGCAAGACACAAUGUCAUCCUCGCCAGAGCCCAAGGCCGAGAAGAAGCGUAAACGUGACGAGCCCGCCCAUGAAGAGGAACUCGAGAUCGACGUAAACCUCCCUGAACCGCCGUCGAAGAAAGCCAAGCGAAAAGAGAAGAAAUCGAAAACCAAGACACCCAAAGCCGAAAUAGCUCAGCCGGAGGAGACAGGAGCAGCAGUUGACGAUGUGCAUCCCGCACGCAAGGCGCAAGUCAGUGUAGCGCCUGUUGCGAAGCAGGGGGAAGAAACAUCAAAGCGAUCUGACUACGGCAUCUGGAUUGGAAACCUGUCAUUCAAGACGACCAAGGAUGCAUUGCGCAAAUUUCUUCUUGACCGCGGCGGCAUCGACGAAAGCUCAAUCACGCGCGUACAUCUUCCCAUGAACGAUAAACAACAAAACAAAGGUUUCGCAUACAUCGACUUCAACAGCGAGGUCGUGCUGAACAUCGCUCUCACGCUGAGUGAGAACCUAGUCGAUGGUCGCAAGGUCUUGAUUAAGAAUGCGAAGAGCUUUGAAGGUAGGCCAGAGAAGACGAAGGCGGAUAAAGAUGCUGCCGAGAAUGGAGUCGUGAGCAAAAAGCCGGCUAGUAAGCGCGUUUUCGUUGGCAAUCUAGGCUUUGACAUGACCAGAGAUGAGUUGGCAGAGCAUUUUGCACAGGCUGGACAGGUCGAAGAUGUCUUCUUGGCAACAUUUGAGGAUACUGGUAAGUGCAAAGGCUUUGGCUGGGUGACGUUUGCAGACCUCGAAGCAUCGGCGAAUGCUGUCAGAGGAUUCGUGUGGAAGAAGUCAGAAGGACAACCUGAUGAGCCAGAAGAGAGUGAGAAUGAGGUGAAGAGUGAAGAUGAGGACGAGAAGGGAGAUAGCAAGAAGAAGGUGAGGUCUAAGAGAAAGGCGCACAAGCCGAGGAAGUGGUUUAUCAACAAGGUUCGUGGACGUCUGUUGAGAUGCGAGUUCGCGGAGGACAAGGAAACUCGGUACAACAAGCGAUUCGGCAAAGGAGCACCUGGCAAGAGUCAGACCAAUGCUGAGAGCGACGCCAUUACUGGAGCCGACGAGGACGGCGGCGUGAGUCUCGAAGCUCUUGCUGCUGAUGCCGCAGCCGCCAGAGAUGCACCGAAGAAGCGAGAUCCAAAGAUGAAGAAGCUUAGUAAAGAUGAACGCCAGGACGCAAGACGCAAGCAGCAGGAGUUUAAGCGCGAUGCUCGAAAUACAGCCCCAGGCAAGGCUUUAGCCAACGCACCACGGAAUGUGGGAGCUAUCGUGGAAGGCCAGGGCAAGAAAAUCACCUUCGACUGAACGCCUCCCGAAACAGAUGUUUGUGCUGCCUAUGAUCGAGGCUGGCCGAAGUCGCGAGAUCUCUACAGCAUCGCGCGCAAUCAAGAUGGCAUCUGAGACAUGUCUGAUGACGGUCACCUCUUAAUGUUCAGAAAGUCUGUCUCGGAAACUCAGAUUUGUACAGACGCCAAAUUUCGAUGAACAGAUUCGCUCCUACCGACCAGCACCUGCCUGUCUUCCCCGACUCUGACUGGCUUCACAUUCGAAUCGUUUUCACGCGCUGCUGUAAUGCAAGUUUUGUGCAUCCCAUCUUACCCAGCUUACUUGUCGACGAAAUCGAGAAUGGAAGAAUGGAACCUCUGGGCUGGGACGAUGGACUUGGAUAUCGCGGGAAUGGCAGUCCGGUGUAUGCUUUCGCUGCUCUGGCGCGACCUUGUUCGGCGUGUUUGAGGAAGGCUUUCGAAGCGAGCGAGAGGCUGUGGACGAUACGGCAGAUGAGACAUGGUUUGACCGGAAGCUCAAGACCGAACACAGUGGCGAGCGACUGGAGCAGUGAUCGAAUUGAGCAAGACGACGACGACAAAAGUUUUAGGAGUCAGAUCUUUGACAGCUGAAACGACGCGCGAGGUCGAGACGCAUGUCGAAUCCGUCAUCAGAAAUCCUUUCGUAGCGCUCCUCUGCAGCACUGCAAUUAAUUGUGUUCCUCAAG